UUAAAAGGCUUUUUCGGUUGGCAGAAGAAGCUCCAAAAACUCUCGCUAUUUUUUUUAACGUAAUUAGUGUACUAGAGAUGAAAGCCUGAGUAAAAAGAGGAACCUAUUAGAGAGUAAAAGUGAAAAAAUAAGGCGUCACCAUGAGUGCAUUAUCGGAUUUUAAGAUUAAGAGGAAAUAUGAUCCCGAAGCAGUGUCCCUCUCAUCGUUUUUAUCAGGAUCUUGGGAUGCGUAUCACUUAGUCGACUAUGAUCCCCCUCUGCCGUUCACUGCAGGAGAUGUCAUCGAGGCCAUGGACAUCUUCAGAAAGGUUUACAAGACCAGAGUCAUUGUGAAAUCACACCCUGAACUCGUUCUGUGGGAGCUGCAUCUAGAGAGCAAAAGUAGAAGAAUGAAGACCAGACACAGUGGUGAAGGGCUGGCAGGCCGGCAAGCACUCUUUACAAAAUUUCGGUUUGCAGUAAAUGUUGAGAAUGAGCUGCUUUUUGCAAACCGAGGUAUCCCCGGCAGGAUCUUCAAGGAACUGUGCAAGGGCUUACACUGUCGGGACUUGAAAGCACUCUCGUUGCAUCACAGUGACCCUAUUAAUCUCCUCAUGCUAUACAGACAGGCCAAUGAGAGGUCACCAGGAGCAAUGAAGCUUCAGUACCAAGAAAAAAUGAUUUCGAGAAUGGAGCAGAUCCUCUCUGGAUUUUCCUUAAGUAAUGAAAUAGAACCAGAGACUGACAUUGCCAAGGAAAUCCACCUCAAGCUCGGCUGCAAGACAGAUGAGAUUCCUCGCAUCAGGAAGAUCACGGCCGAGGUGGAGGACGUGCCUCUCAAGACCAAGAUUGCAGAACUGAAAGGCUUCAGAUUGAAGAACGUCGACAUAGAAUUGUCUGGUGCCUCCACUUACCAUGUGUAUGUGUACCUGGCAGAAAUGGGCGUCAUCAAGAACAUUCCAAGAUGGGUGACUGAAACCAGAGAGAAGGGGAAGACCCAUUGCAAAGCCAAGUUCUCCUAGUGGCUGUCCAUUUGCCUUUCUUAUUGAUAGCCUUCACUGCCAAGACCAAUCAGUACGAGCUCUUAACAAGUGGAGUAAUGCAGUCCAGAUUUUAAGAUUUUCUUCUUCAUACUUUCCUUUAUUUCUUUUGUUAUUACUAUCUUCUUUUUUUAUCAUUAUUAUUUCUUGUAAAGUGCUUUUUUUUUUUUUAAGGCAACUGUUACUCAGAGAAAUAUGUAUUGCAUCAGCUCUGUAUCCCAACUAGAGCAGGUUUCAUAAUGUUUUGUAUGAACUCUCUUUAGCAUUUUUUUUAUGAUUAGUGAAGGAAUGCUAGAGAUUUUCCUCACACAUUGGAGCCUUCGUUGCUUUUAUGUGAAUGUGACUUUUAAUUUCUGUCUCUGGGUAAUUAGGAGUGGUUAUGGACUUGAUUUUUUUCCUAAAAUAUCUUCUCUUCAGAUAAACACUUUUAUAGUCAUUCAUUUCAGAUUUUUAAAAAUUUGGAGGUGAACAUUUUUUGGAAAAGAAUUAUAUUUUUAGCAUGAUUUUUAUGUUAUUUUACAAUUUUUCAAUUUUACAUUUGAAAAUCGCAGUUACUGUACAAGAGCUGUAUGAUAUAAUCACAAUGCAUUUGUCAUACAAAAACAGAUAAACAAGUAAUUGGAAUGCAUCACUUGUGUUUAACAGUUUGGUGAAAAAGAACUAAGGAAAUGGAUGAUUUCUUAUCUUCAUUUUAGAUUAGUAUGUACAAAUAUGGUUCUAUAUCAUUGUAUAGCAGUUCUCCCUUCCAUGUGUGUAUUGUUUGUAUCACUGUUUUUUUUUAUACAAUAUUUUUAGAAUGGAAAGAAAGUAUUUCUUGUAUAUUUUUGAUAUGAUCAUACUAUCCAUUAAGCAUUUAACAGUUUGUGACUAAACUUUCUAUAAUGUGGGUUGUAUGAAUCCAGCAUCUCAUUUUGGCAGAGUCUUAUAUUUCAAUAAAGA